AUGGAUGAAUUAAUACUUGAACAAGAAGUGAACAUCAGCGCCGUUGAAAGAGCGUUAGUCAACUUCCGAAAACGUUCUGAAGAUCAAAUUACUUUGGAACUAGUAGAAGGUCGACGCCAAUAUCUGUUGACGGCAUGGAAUGCUUGUCAGCGAGUGGAUUUGAAGAUCAUCAAAGCAGCCCAUGGUUCAGAUAAGUCGUUAAUUCCUUACUUUUUUAAUGAUAUUUUUGUUCAAGCAGAGGAAGUUUAUUUGAAUACAUUAGAUACUUUUAAUGAGUUAAUUGGAAAGCUUAAAAAAGAACAAUUGAUUUUAUAUAGAAAUAGUACAAGUUCCAAUAGCAGCCUUGAUUCUUCAAAAAUUGCUAAAUUACCGCGAAUAGAAUUACCCAAAUUUUCUGGCGACUAUUUAGAAUGGCAAAAUUUCAAAGACUUAUUUCAGUCUAUUGUUGCAUCAGACCCCAACUUACCUGAUGUGCAAAAAAUGCACUAUUUGAAAUCAAGCUUAUUAAGCGAACCAGCACAACUAAUAAAACAUUUAGGUACUACUCCUGAAAAUUAUCAAAGCGCUUGGAGUAUUCUUACAAAACGGUAUGAAAAUUCCAGAGCAAUUAUAAAUUCAUAUUUGAAUAAUUUUAUGUCACUCCCUGCUAUAAUGAACGAAACAGUUAAAGACUUAAAAAAUCUACGAGAUAAAACGUCUGAAGCUGUACAAGCACUAAAAUCUUUGGGUCGAAAUAUUGAUAGUGAUCUAUUAGUCUUUGUCGUUUCGCGAAAAAUGGGAAAAUUUUCCUUAAUUGAAUGGGAAAAAGUUCUUGGUGAUAAAAAUGAAUACCCUUCAUAUGAAGAACUUGAUUGUUUUUUAGCAACCCGUAUCCGAACUCUAGAAGCAUUGCAAAAUGCAAAAGAUAAUUUAAAAUCUACAAAGUCUACUCAAAACCAAGCAAGUACAGCUUCAACGUUUUCUAUGAAUGCUAUAAAUGUUAAAUGUAUUCUGUGUAAUGAAAGUAAUCAAAAAUUUAAUCAAGCAUCUAAAAACGAAGCCGAUAAGAAACUUGAAAUACCCAAAAAAGUAGAAAAAGUUUUACAAGAUCAAAGAGUAUUAAAUCAAAAAGAAUCUAAUAGUACCCCAAAAAACGACACUGUUUCUUUGAACCAUAUACGCGGUAAAACAGUACUUUUAGCAACUGCAAAAAUCUGUGUUGUUGGUAAAAACGGUGAAAGAAUAGAGAUUAGAGCUCUAUUAGAUCAAGGAUCCGAGGUAACAUUUAUAACUGAAAGAGUUGUUCAAAUGCUUCGGGUUAAAAAAGAACCAGCUAUGAUCCGUGUAACUGGAAUCGAUAAUGCUUUUCUCGGAACUGCAAAAUCACUCGUUAACGUUAUUAUCACACCAACACAAAAUUUCGAAAAGAAAAUUCCCAUAUCUGCGUUAGUACUCCCUAAACUCAAUAAUCAUAUUGUAUCAAAAGCAGAUUAUCUUAGUGAUUGGGAACAUCUUCGCGACCUAGAUUUAGCUGACCCAACACCAUUUGAUAAUAAAGAAUUCGAUAUGAUAAUUGGAGCGGAUUAUUACGGUUCAUUAUUUUUACCAGGUCUUAUUAAAGGUCCUGUUCGAUCACCAACAGCACAAGCUACGGUAUUUGGUUGGAUUAUUUCGGGUCCCUUAAACUCACUCAAUAAUGUAUCCCCAACUAGUAAAGUCGUUCAUCAUUGUGUAGGGCUUUCAGAUAUUCAUAAUGAUCUGCAGAAAUUUUGGGAAAUUGAAGAAUUUCAACAAAAAAGUAAUCUUACAGACGAUGAAACAAAAUGUGAAGAGCAUUUUGUUAAUACACAUUCUCGAAAUGAAGAAGGAAAUUAUGUUGUUCGUUACCCUUUUAAAAAUGAUCCUCCUGAACGUUUAGGAGAUUCUCUUCAAAAUGCCAAACGUUUACUCUUACAAACAGAACGCCGUGUACAAAACAAUCCCGAGUUAAAACAAGAUUACUAUGAUUUUCUCAAUGAAUAUAAAGAUUUAAAACAUAUGAUUGAAAUUGAUUAUAAUGACGAACAAAAUUCUAAUUUUGAAAUAGAAAAUUAUUUACCAUAUCAUAUAGUCAUACGUGUGAGUAGUUCCUCCACUCCACUACGCAUAGUAUUUAAUGCUUCCUUUCCAACAUUAACAGGAGUAUCUUUAAAUGAUUUACUACUUCCUGGUCCCAAGUUACACGCCGACAUCCCAUCUAUAAUAAUACGCUGGCGAAAUUAUCGUUUUGUUAUGACUGCGGAUAUUAGUAAAAUGUUUCGUCGAAUUCAAAUUGAUAAAAGAGAUGUUAAUUUCCAACGAAUUAUUUGUAGACUUAACGAAACAGAGGAAAUUAAACAUUUUCAAUUGUUAACACUCACUUAUGGUGUCUCGUCAUCUCCUUUCUUAGCAAAUAGAGUAAUAAAACAAUUAGCUAAUGACGAAGGAGAUAAUUUUCCAAAAGCAAAACAAAUAUUAUUAAAUGAUAUCUACGUUGACGAUGGGCUUUUCGGAGCAGAUGAUUUAGAAACUGCCUUGCAAAUUAAAAACGAAUUUAUUCAACUUCUUGCCAAAGGUGGCUUCCCGGUUCACAAAAUUUCAUCUAAUUCGCCCCUCUUGAGUGAUUCUAAGCUUUCUAAAUAUAGCGAACGAUUGAUACUAAAUGAUACUAAUUCAAAAGCAGUUCUAGGACUCUAUUGGGAUCCAGAAUAUGAUGUAUUUAGAAUUUCUAUGUCCCCAGUAGUUAACGUCAAUUUUACUAAGAGAAAUGUUCUUUCUGUUAUCGCUAAACAGUUUGAUCCUUUAGGUUGGAUUUCUCCAAUUUUGAUAAUAGCUAAAAUUAUAAUUCAAGACCUUUGGAUAAGACAUUUAGAUUGGGACGAAACUCUCCCUGAUGAUUUAAGUAUCGUAAAUGAUUUACAAUUAGACGACGUUCCUGUAUAUGGGUGGUCAGAUUCUACCAUUGUUCUGGCAUGGCUAUCCAAACAUCCUUCAACAUGGCGUACUUUUAUUGCCAAUAGAGUUGAAACAAUACAAUCUCUUAUCCCAACUGCAUCUUGGAAACAUGUCCCGACUGCUGAUAAUCCGGCAGAUUGUGCUACCAGGGGUAUCUACCCAUUGAAAUUAUUAAAUCACGAAUUAUGGUGGUCCGGUCCUAAGUGGUUAAGUGACUCUCCUACGACGUGGCCUACUCUACCUGAUUUAAAUUAUAACUGCGAUGUUAAAACUACUGCUACCAAAAUUCACAUGGCUACAACUGAUCAAUCUUACGAUUUUGUGAAUAAACUUUCAAAUAGAUAUAGCAGUUGGCCUAAACUUUUGAGAAUUACUGCCCUCGUUUUCAAGUUUAUCAAUAAAUGCAAAACAAAAUUACAGUCCACUAAUUCAGAAGUAAAUAACAAGGCUGAAAUGCAUAGUGCUAAAUUAUUUUUGUUUAAAAAUCUUCAAUCACAGUUUUUUGCAAGUGAAAGAAGAGCGACUUUGAAUAAAUUGAAUCUAAAAAAAUCUAGUCCAUUAAAAGCCCUUAAUCCCUUUAUAGACAAAGAUGGACUAUUGCGAGUUUCUGGUCGUUUAAGUAAUGCUCCUAUCGCUUGGGAAACCAAGCAUCCUAUCAUACUACCUAAUCAUCGGAUAAGUUUACUUAUUGCCCAGCAAACUCAUUUGAGGUCCUUACAUGGAGGUCCACAAAUGACUUUGUUUCUACUUAGGCAAAACUUUUGGAUAAUAAAAGGUCGAAAUUUAGUUCGUAGUAUUGUACAUAAAUGCUUGACUUGUGCCCGUCAUCAAGCUACACUUCAAUCACAGUUAAUGGCGAAUUUACCAUCUUGUAGAGUAACUCCAUCAAACCCUUUUACUCAUUGCGGUUUGGAUUAUGCAGGACCAAUCUCAGUUAAAUUAAAUAAAGGUCGCGGUUACAAAUCGACGAAAGGGUUCAUAGUUCUAUUCGUCUGUAUGGUAACGCGAGCUAUUCAUUUAGAAUUAGUGAGCGACUAUUCUUCUUCAACAUUUCUAUCAGCUUUAAAAAGAUUUGUGUCUCGCCGUGGAAUUCCUUCAAAUCUAUAUAGUGAUAACGGUAGAAAUUUCGUUGGAGCUGAUAAAGAAUUACGUCGAAUUUUUAAGACCUUAAAAUGUGAUCCUAAAGUUUCGAAAGACAUGUCUGCAUUUAAUAUCAACUGGGACUUUAUUCCUCCAUACUCGCCACAUUUUGGGGGUAUUUGGGAAGCAGGUAUUAAAAGCACAAAGAAACACCUUAAUCGCAUAAUGGGACCACACACAUUAACUUUUGAAGAAUUAACCACAUUACUAUGUCAAAUAGAAUCCUGUCUAAACUCACGACCUAUUGCUGCAUUUUCAAACGAAGUUGACGAUUAUUCGUAUUUAUCUCCAGGGCAUUUUUUGAUAGGAAAACCCUUACUAGCUAUGCCUGAAAAAUCUUUACCUUCCAGUCAACACAGUCUUUUAACACGUUGGCAAUUAGUUCAACAAAAGACUGAGCAAUUUUGGAAACAAUGGAGUUUAGAGUACCAACAAGAUCUUCAAAAGCGUUAUAAAUGGACGAAGUCAAAUCCAAACAUCAAAAUUGGUGACUUAGUUCUGAUAAGAGACAUUAAUCUUCCAAAAUCAAAUUGGCAAAUGGGUCGCGUUCUUAAAAUUCACCCAGGAAAGGACGGGUUAGUACGUGUUGUUACAGUCAAAACUAAAAAGGAAUACCGCUGGAAUUGGGCGGAGAAAAAGUAUGAGACCCGGUGCUUUUGGGUUCCUGUAGAUUUUGAAAGCCCCAAUAUUUGUGUCGUGCCGGAGGAGGAACCUAUGGAGGAGAUUGUGGGUUGUUUGGGUGUCAAUAUUGUUUCUCGUCCAUUUUCGAAUUUGCCCUGUUACCCUCUUGCUCGCGGUUUUCGUCCACGUAGUGAAUUGUUGGAGCUGGUGUUCAUCCAGAGAUAUCACCAGGAUUGGGAUGAUCUUGUUCGCGGUUUUUCUGGUUGGGAAGUGAUGUCUUCAAACGUAACAAAUCCUCACAAUGUAGGUGAAACAAGUGAAAUUAAGGUGGAUGAAAUAAAAGAAAAGCCUCAGGAGCUGGGUGCAGAAACCGCAGGGCCUUCCUUUUCUGGGCGUUUCAUCCAGCAUCUGCAGCUACCUUUGAAAUUGGCUUGA